GCAGCAAAGCAGAAGUUGUCAGUUCUUAGCAUUUCUGGAAGUCACGUGUAACAGAAUGAUGAGUAAAGGAAGAAAGAAAAGUGCUGCGGUUUACUUAGCUGCAGCCAUUCUUUUGAUGUGUUGUUUGGUGCAAACAAUAGACUGUUAUCGACUGAAGAAAACAGGAAGACGAGAAGGGCGAAAAGAAGCUGACUCAUCCAAAACGAUAGGUGUCCAAGAGGGGAAAGUUGUGUUCGGGAGAGUCUUCAAGAAAGGCUCAGGCCUCGAGUCACAAGUCAUUGACGGAACCAAGAAGCCGUCCUCAAACUCUUCUACGGAGGAUGCAGCUGCUUAUCAAGCGGACUUUACAGGCUGGUCAGAAGGUCAAGUGCAGGAUGCCAGUUCCAGAGAAGCAGCCUGGAGGCUCAUGUCUCCCUCUCUGCAGUGUGGUGGGGACAAGAUGAAGUUCAGCGCAGUGGGACCAGGAGUCUCGCAGUUUACAGUGGAACAAGAAAACACAUCUCCAAUGCCUCUGUCCCAAGUCCCUUACUCAUGUGGCUACAGCAUGCUGAGGAACUCUCUUGUGCUCGUCAUGUUGGUUCCCUAUGAUGGCUGCAACAUGGUUCAAGAGGGUGGAAGUUAUGUGCUCCCAAUGCAUUGGCAGGGAAUUCCAGUCUCACUCUGGUGUCGUGCCCCUGCUACUGCUGCCCCACAACCUCAGCAUCCCUGGUACCCUCCAUCAUACCCUGUGGCGCCCCCCCAGGUGGUGCCCCAGUUGCCGCCCCAGCAGAUGCAGGCGCUGCCCCAGAAGGUGCCGCUGGUGCUCCAGUCGCCGCCCCGGCAUGUGCCGCAUGUGCCGCUGGUGCUCCAGUCGCCGCCCCGGCAUGUGCCGCUGGUGCCCCAGUUGCCGAAUAACCAACAUUAUUCACUUCCUGUAAUUCCUGAAUCUUAUUACUUUCCACCCUAUGCUCAUUAUCCAUUGGUACCAGAGGCUGCUGCAAAGAAACCACAAAUGCCUAAACUUCCACUAUACCCCCCUUUCUUCCAUCCUUAUUAUUAUUUUCCUCAUCCUGUUCCAGCUGCACCAACUGCCACUGCAAAGCCAGCAGCCACAGCUCCUCCCUCAAUGUUGCCUUACCCUUUCUACCAUUCCUUUCCUUGGCACGGCUCUUGGCCUCUGCAAGCGACUGCAAAACCAGCUACAACCACUGCUAAACCUCAGCCACAGCAUAUUCCAUACAUGUCAUUUCCUCCUCAAUAUCCUUUUCUGCCUCCCUAUUUCCAAUAUCCAUCUCAGAAGUGACAAGCCAAAAAGACCAACUCUCAGCCACCGCAGUUUGCAUAUGUGCCGUUUCCUUCUCCAUAUCACCCUUUUUCCUCUCAAAUUCUGCCACACUAUCUCUCUCCAAUGACAUCAACCACAAGGAAAACUGAUCCCUCACCACCACAACAAUUUCAAUCACAUCCUCAAGAACCCUUUCAAUUUGUUGUUAUCCCCCUAAUUCUGGCUAGUCUGCCCAAACUGUUCCAAUAAAUAUUUUAAAU